AUGAUCGAGGAAACGGGUGGAGGGCGCGCCGCGCCGCCGCUCGCGGCGACUCCAGCGGCCCAGCUGCGCCUUCCUGUCGGAUUCGUGUUCGAGGCGCGCGCGUCCCACAUCAUCGCUCCGCCCUCGGAGGUGCCUGGCGGCGAGCCGGCCGUGCUCUCGGCGCCGUCGGGCGCCGGGCUGCGUCUCCUCGAUGGGCGCGAGGAGAUCGCUGCUAUGCAGGCGCAACAGAUGGCGCGGACUCUGAGACGUCGCGCAGACGCAGGGGGCGUUCUUCUGGGCGGCAUGCGAUCUUCGCAAGCUGGCCCUUUGCGCGCCCCGCGGCCGAUGAGCCCUUACUCGAGAUCUCUGGAAGCUGACAUCAUUGGCAGCGAGGUCCCACCGACGCAGAUCCGCGCCAAGGGGGGGGAUGUAGGCGCGCAUGGAGGAGAGGAGGCCGCCCGCCCCGGCGCCGCCGAUGCUGCGUCUACAAACGGGCAGCGCCCCACGGAGGAUCCGCCGGCGACGUUGAUUAAGUUUGCGUCCGUUGGCAAGGCGGGGCGAGAGCGCGUGCGGGAGUCGAGAGCCCACGACGACGAUUCGAUAUUGCGUGUGACCAAGCGCUUGCUCGGAACAGCCAGGGAGCACUUGCCUGGCGCCUCCGACGAACUUGUGCGGGUCGCUGCAGCCGCCAUCCCAUGCCGUUUCUGCCGCCUUGUGGACAUAGGCUUGCGGGGGCACUGCAUGCUCUUGCACUUGUUCAUCGGCGACAUCCUCAUCCGCGCACGCGACGGCGUCCUGCGCGUGUACCAGGACGGCGCCUGGCAAGCCUACAACGGCGUGAUUGCGGAAUCUGUUCUUGCCAGGUGCAGAUCGUAUUUAAUUUACUUGGAAGGCAUCUUUCUCUUAUUGGAAAAAUUGCCUAGAGCCGCGUCUGAUGAAGUUUUCCUGCAGCGACUUCAUCAGCUCUGGCAGCGCUCGGGACUUGAGUCGGACAAGUUCCUCUCGGCAUGCCAGGCGCGAGUGGCGCUCGGGCCCGCCGCCGGCGUCGCGGAUGCAGAAUCGGGCGAUGGGGCCGCGCCGGGCGCCGACGACCCCGGCGACGGCGCGGCGGAGCCCGCGCCCGCGGCCGCGGGCGCCGGCGAUCUCGACGCCGACGCAGGCGGGCUCGCGCCGGCGGCCGCGGGCGCUGGCGGCCCCGACGGUGGCGACGGCGAGCCCGCGCCCGCAAUCGCGCCACCGCCAGGUGCGCCCCGCCAGCCGCAAGGCGUCUUCGUGGCCAAGGCCGCGCAGGAGAUAUCGGCGGCCCUCCAGCAGGAGCUAUUGGCGAGGAAGUUGAUCACUUACUAUUCAGAAUGGUGUAAUUUGCCGCGGCUUGCUCGCGCUGGCGUGGCUUUCCAGGACUCGCGCUGCCUCUUUGCAGAAAAUGGGCCCCUCGAAUUUGUCGACAAGGCGCUGGGGAACAACGUCUACGUGUACAUCCCACAUAACCUGAAAUACCCAGUGCUUCAGUCAGCCGAAACUCGGCUGCAUAAGUUCCUCUCGCAAACGUUCUGGGGAAACAGUUUGGCAUUGGAAUGUCAACUUGCGGCGACGGCGCUGACGUUGCAAAGGCAUAACAUUGACAGGUGUUUCUGGACUGUGGGGCCGGGCGGAGUCGGCCAGUCGAUUCUUGCGCAUCUGAUCCACAACGUAUUCCGCGGGCGUCACGCUUUCUGGGGCACCAACAUUCAUUUUUCUGAUGAUGAGCUCCGGAAGCAGGCUGAUGGAUUGAUCGGCAAGCUGAUCACGACUGUGCAGGAGGCGGUGGACAACUCAAAGCACGGCUUCAGGGAGGACUUGUUCAAGAAACACAUUUCCGCUGACCCCAUCGCGCGCGUUUGCCUGUAUGGCAUCGCGACGCGCCUGAUAGAAGUGCCGGGGUGGAAGCGCCUGGAGUUGCACAGGCUCAUUCAGUUUACUUCUAUCCUGUCCAAGUUCAAGACUGAGGCGGAAGUCAAUGCCAUCCCAGAUGCAGCCAGCAGAAGAAUCUUGGUCAAGGAUCCAAGAUUACGCGCGUUCGUCAAGAGCCAGGUUGUGGCACCAGCUUCCUGGGAGUUGCUGCGGGGCUUCAUGGAGUCGCACUCGCGGGCGGGUUCAGAGGAUAUCAUAGAGCAGUGCGCCACGGGCGGUGACGGCGGACUGACAAGGGAUUGCGUGCAAGCAGCGACUGGGUUGUCAGCGGAAAAGGCAGCCGCCGCAGCCGCCGCGGAAUUCGACCCCGCCCAAGCUGCGACGAAUGCUGAUCGGGCGCUUUCAGUUCGAACGUUUCGCUGCAAGGAGCUCGCCGAGUACGUCCGCAGCGGUGCUCGCACCCACAACGUGGAGACGGUAAUCAGAUACCUCGGUGGAGAGGGGGCAGAGAGGAAGAAGAAGCGAGGCAGGAUCGGGAAGAAAACUGCAGACGACGUAGAGAAACGCUCCCGCAUGCUGGAGUCUCUGCGAGUCCGCGAGACCGAUGCCGACACAGUUGCGAGACACAUCGGAGCUUCGACGGGUGCGGAGCAGGGCGGCGAUGCACCUGAGACAACGCAAUUUCCUACCACAUACCAGAUCAAGUGCGAUGUGCUCUCCAGGAGAUACGUAUCUGGCUUCGGUGCCCAGUGCCUGAACUGGUCCGCCCGCCUGGCUGGGCUGGGGAAUGUCGACGACUGGGACAUCAAAAAGUGCGCGUUCACGCUGGCCCCGCAGAUUGCAGCGCGAGUCGAAUUUGCGUUGGGCCAGCACCAGGCAGCCAAGUUGGAAUCAGUUCGUAGAUGCACCACGGACGCGGCGUCAGUAUGCGAGGAGCUCGGCUUGAAUGCAGAUGACACUAAAGACACGUGCAUGUCCAUCUUCUGCGGCGGCAAUCUGCCCGACGAUCUCGCCGAGAAUGGCUUCCUCGUUGCGUUGCGACGUGAGGGCAUUUAUCUUCGGUGGCUUGCCGUCUCAUUGGACCGCGAGAUGCACAAAACCUUCAUCGAGGAUGUUUCUCGGAGGAGCCCCGCUGCGACUACGUGGUUCUACACGUGGACUUUCCCUGGGCGAGUGGGAGAUCGGGCAGUUUUCAAGGCCGACUCAGAGAGGGCGAUUCUGGAGGUCACCGAGUAUUCCGUAGAGGUUGCGUUGAAGACCCAUGCGUGUUUUUUGGAAAUGCUCGUCGGCGACGCGGAGACCGUGGGGCAGGACGAUGCCGCUAUUCCCCCGGUGCUAUUGAAAGCUGGCAAUUGCAUCAUCCUCAUGAUGGCCAGGCUGACAGACGACGUCGGCGCAGUGGCGACGAUCGCGAGCAGGCGCAACAAGGUGAACAAGGACGCUGCAGAGAGCCAGGUUCGGACGUACGGCAGCUGCAGCAAACUGAUGAAGCAGUUCCUGGCGCCUUCGCUGGAUUCUCCGACUGGAGUGGGCAAGUAUCUGAUCCACGUCGAAAAUGGCGACCACCCGCAGUGCGUGGCCGGGACCCUGCUCGAGCACGACGUCUGCCAUCUCUUCGUGGGAGAGAAGACUUACGCGACCAAGAUUUCGACCGUGCGUCGGUGCUGGUCGGCAUGUGCAGAUUCAAAAUAUCUGGCUCAGUUCAAGAUGUCGGCCGUGGAACUGCCUCCAGACUCGCCGGAACGCAUGAUUCUUGACCUGGCAGCGGGCGGAUCGGCCGGCGAGAGCGCGGGCGGCGGCGGCGCGCCCUACACAAAGGGCAAGGGUCUGCGGCAGGACAUCUCCGACGAGUUCGAGACGCAUCUGGAGUUCUGCGUAUGCGGGUGCAAGCUCUGCAAGAAGGGCGAUGCGACCCACGAGGCCAUCGUCCAUGACCUGCGCGAUGCGAAGACUGUGACGGUCACGCCACGGCAGUGUAAUAGCAAGAAAUGCAAAUUGACAUACGGCCCCAACUUCGCGUGGGUCGGGGGGCGCAAGAAAAACGCUGCCUCUCUCGCCGACCUGGAGGGCGCCGGAGUUGCAUUUAUCUCGAGCAAGCGCGGCUUCACCUUGAGAUACGCGCGGUAUUACGAGGCGACGCUUUCCAAGAAUUUCGCAUCGCCCAGGGGCUCCGACUGGGCCCAGAAGGAUCUUUUUGACGACGGCGACGGCAGCGGUUGGCAAGGGGGGGAGUUCCCUUUCGACCUGCGUAAACUUCACAACCAUGCUAUAUUGCAUGUGCUGGCCGCGCAGGAGUUGGGGCCGCUCGACAAGCAUCUCGAUGUCUACGUGGAGGAGGACAUCGGCGAGAGCGCCCUGAGGGCAGGCGACGACCACCUCCACCAGCGCGUCUACCCGCCUGCCAACCCCGCCUGCGUUGCUGAGCUAGGGAGAGUGCUGAAGAAGCCUUCGGCUGCUCGCAAGUUCGCAGUGAAGGCCACGAUGAAAAGGCCCGCUGCUGCGAAGACUCGAGCCAAGCCUAAGCCCGUCGCGAAGAGGGCCGCCGCGAUCAGGAAGCCUGCGGCGACCAUGGCUGGCGCGAAGCGUAAAGUUCCCAGGUCUCUGCACCGCAACAUCGGGUGGUUUACGCUUCUGACGACGAGUGGCCGCGCGGUGGCCGUGACAGAGCAGGCCGCGCCAGAGAGCAACGACAUUGUCAAGUCCACUAUCCUCGGGGUUCUCCCGCAAUAUCCGAAGGUCAAUUGUUUCAUAUGCGACGGGGCAUGCCCGGUGAUGCCUUCGGCGAUGCUGGACAAACAGUUCGACCAUGUCAAAUAUUGGAUCGUCGACAAGCUGCGCGCUCAGAAGCACGCGGCCUUCUGCGCGUGCAACCCGCUGCACAUCCAUCGCUUAAAGCUGCGCGUCAGCGGAGUUAAUACUCAGGUGACAGAACAGUGCUUCUCCUGGUUUCGUGGCUACUCGCGCAUCUUCAACGAGAUGUCGCCGAGCCGCCGCCGCUUCUUGGUCCUGUACUUCGUCGCUAAGAACAACUCCAUGUUGUCUGCUGGCGACGCUGACCACCUGGGGCACCUGGCGGCAAUCUUUAGCAAUAUGCAUAGGAAGCCCAGCGGGCACUACCCGUGCGCCUAA